CUGAGGGAAACAGCCUCAAUAAUGAAYGAACAGCCUGGUUUCAGGGAAGAUUUCACCUCAUCUGUCCAGUUUUAACACAUUUUAUUCAUUCAUUGCUAAGAAAAAAGACGAAACGGUCUCACCAGUUUAUCAGGACAGUUCAUCAUUUAAAUCUCUUUCUGGUGGGUCAAAGCUACAACCCUGGACCGAUUCUGCCCUCUGGUCCAGGAACGAAGCGGUCACUUCAGGUGAGGGAGCUGGUGGUGGACAGCUGCCGCUCGGCGGACGGGGAGGUGGAGGGCGUGACAGAGGAGUUCUCGGCGCUGGAGGUCCUCAGCAUGGUGAACGUCGGCCUCGGCUCGCUGGCCAAGCUGCCGGCGCUGCCCAAGCUCAGGAAGCUGGAGGUGAGCGACAACUCCAUCUCUGGAGGUCUGGACGCGCUGGCGGAGAAAUGCCCCAACCUGAGCUACCUGAACCUGAGCGGCAACCACAUCAAGGAGCUGAGCAGCCUGCAGCCGCUGCAGAACCUGAAGAACCUGAAGAGUUUGGACCUGUACAGCUGCGGCGUGACGGCGGCCGAUGGUUACCGCGACGCCGUGUUCCGCCUGCUGCCGCAGGUCGUCUACCUGGACGGCUUCGACCCGGACGACAACGAGGUGCCCGAGUCCAACGAUGAGGAUGAUGAAGCCGGGCCGCCUGGAGACGAGGAUGAGGAUGAGGAUGAGGAGGAAGGUUCUGAGGUGGGGCUGUCCUACCUGAUGAAGGAGGGAAUCCAGGACGAGGAAGAUGAUGGAGACUAUGUGGAGGAAGAGGAAGAUGAUGAGGAGGAGGAGGAAGAUGGAGAGGAUGAUGAUGCUCCGGCUCAGGGUGAGAAGAGGAAGAGGGACGCAGACGAUGAAGGUGAUGAUGACGAUGACGAGUAGAGGACACACCUGGCCCCGACCCUUACCUGCUGACCCCCCCUCCCCCCUCCCCCUGCUGGGCGUGGCCUCGGAGACGCAGACGAGCAGGAAGCCCUGUUACCAUGGUAACCAGACGGGAAGCUGUCUGGAUGAUAAUGAUGAUGAUGAUGAAGAUCCUCCAGUUUUAAUCAUGAACAGAACCAGAACCAUCACAGGUUCUGACCCAGUCCUGGUUCUGAUCUGGACCAGAACCAGGACCGGUUCUGCUCCAGUGGCCCGGUUCUGUCAGCCUGACCUUCCAGUGGGAGACUCCAUUACCCAUGAUGCUCAGCGCCUCCUGCAGCGCUGCGCUCUGAUUGGACGCCUCUCUGGGACUCUAUUGGACUGUUCCUGUUGGCCCCGCCCCCAGCCCCGCCCCUCCCCGUGUACAUAGACGUGGCGGUCCUGUAGGUUCUGGUGUCGUCUCGACUUCUGUGACCCAAUUUUAUUUUUUUAUUCCUGUCUUGACCUGAUGGUGGCGCUGUAACCGCAGAGAGUUUUUGAAUAAAACCACUGAAACCAGA